AUGGCCGACACAAUCAACGCCGUACCAACUCCCCCGCAGUCAACAAAAAACAAGAACAAGACUCAUACAGAACGAGUCCAACGGGCAAAGAACCGAAUUCAUCUAGCAGCCGGUGUUGACCCCUCGUCGCUCUUGGGCCAGCAUUCUCCUGCAAGCUGGGCACAGAGCCUGAUUGAGCAGCUCGCCACCAUCAUCGAGCUGGCCAGGAGUGGGACAGCCGGUAUUACAGUGGAACAAUUGGUAGCUCGUCUUAAGGAUGAGGCGAGCCGGGACCAGACUGCCAAGGGUGUAGUCACCAACAGUAUUGUCACCAGGAUCAGAUUGGAGAUUACGGGCAAGUCGCAGGGAUGUGCACCGCCAAAUGGAGAGGAUGAAGUCACAGACCCUGACGCCGAUGCGCACAUGACCUCAUCGCCAUCUAAGGGCCGACCUUGUAAAAGACGUCGCAAGAACUCUGAGACCGAACAUGAGCCCCAGGCUAUACGCACAGAGGAUGCAGAGGACGAAGAAGACGCAGACGAUUCCCGAGGCAUCGUCUCUCCCAGCGCUGAAGCCAAAGGCCCCCUACCGAUCGAUGAAUACCACAAGCGAAUCGCUGCACACCGAGAGCGCCUCCAGCUCUUCGAAAACAAACGCGACGCGGCACAGGCCCUCAUCAACCAAGCGGAUACUCUGAACGAGGCUCUCCAAAAAGCAAUCUCAAGCCGCGAUGUCGCCAGGGCAAAAUCUCAAGAGUCCGCGAACGCACUUACCGAGCUCGAGGCGCUGGUUGCUCAGCACGGACACAUUCUCCCAUCCUCAGUUCGAGACAGCAUCCCCCAAGCCAAGCAGACAUCAGACGAGGCAAACCGCGAAACCGAACAAGCAGAGGUUGACUCGGCAGCGGCUCAAAAGAGUGUAGCUGACCACGCGAACAAGGAGCCAGGGCUCCAGCAUGAAGUUGGGCUGAUGAACGAUGCCAUUGCGGGUUGUGUGGACGAUAUCGGUAAUGUGGAGAAGGACUUGGGCGCAGCGAUAUGCUUGCAGCGUCUGCAGCGCGUGAACUGGGAGGUCUUGCGGGCUAGGUCGGUUGAGCAGGUGAAUGACUUGCUGCGGGCAAUUAAUGACUUUCUGGAACCAGGUGAGGGAGCUGAAUAG